UCCCACUUGGUUAGAACACCGCACACCCUCCUCCAGCAUGCAGUUCCUCCAACUCCUACCCAAGGCCAGCCAGGCCAUCCUUCUCCUGGUAGCCUGCUUGCAACUGGGGACCAACAAUGCUGAGGAAACUGAUCGGCAGCUGAUGAUAAUGGACAUGCAGAUGCCCACAACAGUCAAAUCAAAUGAAGAAAUGACCCUUAAGCUUAGAGUGAGCACAGAAUUGAGAGAAUGCAUGGUGAUUCGGUCUUACCUAGUAGCCUCUCGUCCAAUGGAUACUCCUUUCAACUUCAAAUAUACCUCCUGUCUCUGUGAUGAUUACCCAAGAACCUUCUUCUGGGAUUUUGCUGCCAACAGUACCGUGAAAAUCAGAGCUUACGUUGACGUGAUUCGUGAACUUGGCAUCUGCCCUGAUAAUAAAGCAGUGGUGCCCAUUGAAGCAAACCGUUUUUACAUGGAGAAAGUCCUGACUGUAGUUGAUUAUUAGAAGGAGUCCCGGUUUCCCUCAUACCCUUCCCCAUGGCUGUCCACUAUGGAAACUUGAUUAAAGUGGCUCUGCAAUAAAUCUCUCCCAAGCUUGCCUGUG